AUGGCAAGUGAACCUACGGCUCAGCUCAGCCAGGCACAGUCACCGUCAACCUGGCAGAAGAAGAUCAACGCCCCGUACGAACGUACAGGGUUGCCGUACUUUGCCCGUCCUCACAAAAAGACAGUCAUUGUCCCCAUCAUCGACUCUCCAGUGUUGGAGCAAGUAGGUGUCAAGCUUCGGUUCGGUAAGGAAGAGACCAUGGAACAAUGGGUCAAGGCCAAGCAGACGCUGCAGCUGAACCCCGGUAUUGCGGCCAAGCGAUGGGCAGAGAGGGGCGAUGGGAACAUUCGAGGUGCUUGCAGGCUCUCCGACAGGAAAUACAAGGAGUAA